UCUCUUAAAAACAGAGGUCCCUUCGUCCUCAAUACCCGUCUCCCCCUCUCUUUCUCUGAUACUUUUCAUGUUUUUUGAUCAGAUUUUGUGUAGAUGGAUCGAGAAUCUGGAAUGGGUCGGGUCAAGGGCCCAUGGAGGUUCGACGAGGACCAGCUAUUGCAGAAGCUAGUUCAAUGUCAUGGUCCACGUAACUGGUCCUUGAUAUCGAGAUCAAUUCCAGGUCGAUCUGGAAAGUCGUGCCGAUUGCGGUGGUGCAACCAACUAUCGCCGGAGGUGCAGCACCGUGCUUUCACGGCCGAAGAGGAUGGGAUCAUUAUUAAAGCACACGCCAAAUAUGGAAACAAGUGGGCCACCAUUGCUCGACUCCUUGAUGGCCGCUCAGAUAACGCUAUUAAGAACCAUUGGAACUCGACCUUGAAGCGAAAGUUCGCUUCGAUGAUGAUGGAGAACUCGAACGACGAAGAGAAACAAGAACCGGAGAAGAAAUCCGCUAAAACUAAUUCUGCUUCUGGUGGUGUUUGUUAUAGCCUGAACAGUUCUAUGGGAUCUGAUGUAAGCGACGCUGAGUUACAACAGGUCGAAUUGGAAUCGCAACCGUGUGAGAUAGUGAAGGACGAUGACUGUCCAAGCACCGUUCUCUCACUGUCUCUGCCAGGGGCUGAGUUUUGCGGGGACCAGCCAUUGAUUCCUAAACAAACCGUCCUUUAUGAGGCCAAAAAACCCAGGAUUGGAUUUGGCGCCGAUGUGUUAGCGAUAAUGCAGGAGAUGAUUAGGAUGGAAGUAAGGAGUUACAUGGAGGGGAUGCAAAAAUGAAGGAAUUGAGAAACGCGAUUGGGUCAGUGUGAUUCAUUGAUUGGCUAAAUAGUUUUGAGAGGGUCUGGUUAGGCUUUCUGAGGGCUGCUGUAGGCCUGAGUGAAAAGAAACAGAAACAAAAAUGAAAAAGAAAAGGAAGGGAGAAGAGAAGAGAAAUUUCUUUUUUUCUUCUGAAAGAAUCUUGAGGCUGCACAGAGCGAGUGCAGAGAAGGUAGGUAGUUAGUUAGUUCAUCACUUAUGGACAUAUAAAAGUUGAAAGAAUUUCUGUAACGGACGAUCAGUUACUUUUCUUUGAAUUCUCUAUGCGAAAUUUUUAUUGAAAUUAUCUGCGUAAAACAAUUUUUUUUUCUAAUUUUCCAAAUAUAUUGUAGUAAUUAAAACAUAUAAAUCUCUUCUUGUC